AUGGAGCGGAGCGCGGCGGAGCCGGUGCGGCGGACACGCGCGACCGGCGGCCACCGGGAGCGGGACCGGGACCGGCGGCAAUCCCCGCCGCGGGACGACGGCGGCCGCGACGUGGGCGGGAAGAAGCGGGGCGGGCCGCGGCGGCGGCUGCCGCUGCCCCUGCCCGAAGCGCGGGGGACGCCGCUGGUGCUGCUGUACUUGCUGGCGCUGCGGGCGCUGGUGCACCUCUCGCACCGGCAGCUGCUGAACCGGCCGGCCGCCGCCGGGCCGCGCGACUUCAGCGCCCCCCGCGCCAGGAGAUACCUUGAUGACAUAACAGCAAUUGGGCCAAGAACAGUUGGAAGUCCAGAAAAUGAAGUUCUUGCAGUUAACUACAUCUUGGAACAAGUUAGGGCAAUAGAAAGAGAAAGCACAGAUUCUCACAAGAUAUCCAUAGACAUACAGAGGCCCACCGGCUCCUUCAGCAUUGACUUUUUAGGAGGCUUUACUAGUUACUAUGCAAACAUAACCAAUGUUGUCGUGAAGCUGGAACCCAGAGAUGGAGCUGAGCAUGCAGUGUUAUCCAAUUGUCACUUUGAUUCCGUGCCAAACACCCCAGGUGCCAGUGAUGAUGCUGUUAGCUGCGCAGUGAUGCUUGAAAUACUUAACACACUUUCAAAAUCACCAGAGCCCCUGCAGCAUGCUGUCAUAUUCUUAUUUAAUGGUGCAGAAGAAAAUAUUUUGCAGGCUAGUCAUGGCUUCAUUACACAACAUGAGUGGGCCAAGUCAAUUAGAGCGUUUGUUAACCUGGAGGCAGCAGGUGUAGGAGGAAAAGAACUUGUUUUUCAAACAGGACCUGAGAAUCCUUGGUUGGUACAAGCAUAUGUAAGUGCAGCCAAACACCCAUUUGCCUCUGUGGUGGCACAGGAAGUAUUUCAGAGUGGUGUUAUCCCAGCAGAUACAGACUUUCGCAUCUACAGAGACUUUGGCAAUGUUCCUGGAAUAGAUUUGGCUUUUAUUGAAAAUGGCUACAUUUAUCAUACAAAAUAUGACACAUCAGACAGAAUUUUAACAGAUUCCAUUCAGAGAGCAGGUGACAACAUUCUAGGUGUCCUAAAAUACCUAGCAACAUCAGAUAAGCUGGCAAAAUCUUUUGAGUAUCGACACGGAAACGUUGUGUUCUUUGAUAUACUUGGUUUAUUCGUUCUGGCUUAUCCUGCCCGUGUUGGCACCAUCAUGAACUGUAUUACAGCAACAAUUGGCUUUCUUUAUUUAAGCAAGAAAGUAUUACAGCCCAAAGGCAGAGCUAUUCAUAACCUGAAGAAAUUGCUCACUGCAUUCGGCUUAACAUUGCUAAGUUGGGUCUGCACGCUGGUGGUAGCCCUGACAGUGGCAGUGUUUGUUUCCAUCAUUGGGCGGUCACUCUCUUGGUACACCCAUUUCUAUGUUUCUGUGUUUCUGUAUGGCACUGCAGCUGCAGCUAAGCUAAUUCUUGUGCAUACACUUGCCAAGAAGUUCUUUUACAAGAAUAUGAAUGAGCAGUACCUGGGAGAUACUUUUUUUGAUGCCUCAUUGAUGAUUUGGUCUAUAGUAUUGGCUAUAGUUACUCAGAUGGGCCUUUGUUCAGCAUUCAUUUGUUUGUUAUGGGUAGCGUUUCCUUUACUCACAAAGCUGAUGAUCCAUAAAGAAUUCAGCCAAAAAGGUGCCACAAUGAAGUUUGUCACGAUGUACAUGCUGGGAAUGUUUGUUCCCUAUGUGUAUAUGAUGUAUCUUAGUUGGACUGUGUUUGAAAUGUUCACACCUAUCAUGGGACGAAGCGGUUCAGAAAUUCUACCAGAUGCAGUGUUGGCAGGAUUUAUUGUGGUCAUCACUGUGAUUCUGUCAUCCUAUUUUAUUAACUUCGUUUACCUUGUCAAAAGUACAAAAACGACGCUAAUAACUUUAACUACUGUGUUUGUAGUCACUCUGGUUCUCGUUUGUAGUGGAAUCUUCUUUCCUUACAGUUCUGAUGCAGCUAAUCCAAAGCCCAAGCGGGUCUUUCUCCAGCACACAAGCAGAAGAUUUCAUGAUCUAGAUGGAAAUGUGAUUAAAAGUGACUCUGGUAUAUGGAUUAAUGGAUUUGAUUACAAUGGAAUAUCUCACAUAACUCCCCACGUUCCUGAAAUCAAUGACAGCAUUAGAACUCCAUGUGAGGAGCAGGCUCCUUUCUGUGGCCUUCCGUGGAUUCUGCCAGUGCAUUUCAUGUUCCGAAAAAACUGGUAUCUUCCUGCUCCAGAAAUUUUUCCAAGAAACCCCAUUCACUUUAAAGUUCUGUCCAAGGAGCUGAUGCCCUGGAACUCAGUGAGAUUAAGCUUUGAAGUAUCUGGCCCAAGUCACAUGUCUCUGUAUGUCCAGCCGCAUCAAGGGUCGACUCUGUCCACCUGGUCCCUCGGGGACGGUGUGCCGGUGGCGAGUGUAGGAGGGGACUACUUUGUGUUCUACUCCCACGGGCUGCAGGCCAUGCCGUGGCACUUCUGGGUGGAGCUGAUGGCCCCAGAAGAGCAUUCUGAUGGAAUAGUCUCCCUCGCUAUAGCAGCACAUUACUUUUUUGGGGAAGAUCAAAAGUCACCUCAACUUCAUGCCUUACUGGAGAGGCUUCCAAACUGGACGUUUUCUUCUGGUUGGUCCAGCACUUACGACCUUUUUGUCUUUUGAUGCUAACACCAAUGCAGUGCUAAUAGGGUAACCUGGCAGAAUGCUGUUGUAGCAAACAGUUUCUAAUGAGAUGCCAGAGACUUUUGCAACCAUGGUGACAAAUGAUACUUCUUUGGCAGUUUGGGUGUUUAAAGACUACUGAUUUCUUGGGGAUAUACUGAUACUUCAUGUCAACGUGAACGCAAUUCAUCUUGGCUCUUCAACUGAAAUGGCAAUUAGAAUAGUGAAAUUCUUAAAACGAAGGCUACAUCUGAGGAGUUGAAUAGCAUAAUAUAAUGGCAAUAGUACUGAAAGGACCUCAUGAAAUUAUGUUGAUAUUAAGUGAAAUACAGCUGUACUUCGUGCACAUCUGGGGACUGUCACCUACCAAUCUCUCUGUCCUAUUAAAGUUAGAUCUUCAUCUAAAAGAGGCUGGUUAACGUGAGGGGUGACAGAUGGCAAAAUCCUAAACAUUACUCUUGUCAUUGGAUGAAGUCACUGCAAGCUACAGUCCGUCUGUAGGUUGGGUUCCCAGACCUUGGCAAACACACAAUGCUGAAAAAGGGUAUCAUGGUGGAAUGUCGUAAUCUAGACCGUCUUUUUCCAAAUGAUAUGUUUCCGUUAAGAGCUUCAUUUAUGUCCUUUUGCCUGUCUCUUCAGUGUUAUAACUUGAGUGGGCAAGUUUGACCUAGCUCAGUCUUGUGAAUCUUGCAGCAUCAGCAUAUAAGUACAUGACUCGUUCUGUUUUAUGUAGGAGUGUGAAGUCCACACUCCUUUUUGUGGAUGUCUUAUAAUUAAUCUAUUCUAAAUUUCAAGUUACCUUCUAAUUUAUUAGAAUUGGCUAAUUUUUUUAUAUCUCCUCUGGAGAGACUUUUGGUAAUGUGACAGUAUUGCACUUUGCUAAUACAUUAAAACUGUUUCUUAAAACACAGUUUGCUUUCCAUAAGGAAAAAUACUAAGGAAAGUCAUCUUUAAAAAGAUAUCUAAUGUCUCUGGAUUGCUCUUGUUUUAUGUCUACAGGAUGGGUUUUAUAAAUGACUGUGAGUCAUUUCGAGUGUCUUCCCGUUUUAAUUGACAAGUUUUGUGUUCGGAACCCACUGACCUCUUUGCUCUUUUUAUACUCCCGUUUUUUUUCGGUGCAGUGUAACAGUUAAUGCUAGUUUCUGAAAUUCAAAGAACUCUGUGUCCAUGAAGAAACUUCUUACUGCUUUUCCCAAAACUACUUAUAAAACAUUGUGACAUUAAUACCACGCUACAAGUUUUAUAGAUUACCGUUUUGUUAAUCUCAUGGGCGUUACCAAAUCACAUGUAAAGCUUUUGUCGUUUUGAGUGAAAACAUGCUAGUACCAGGAAGUCUGCAGGCUGUGUGAAAGGAAAUUCCAUGACACUUCAGUCUGUGUGAGAGCUGUGUACAGUAGUGGCAAGAACCAGUUCCAUUUGUUGUAAAGUACAUCCACGAAGAUUGUCAGCCGACUCGUACAUGAGAGCAAGACGUUCAAGUACUGUAAUUUGUAAUGAAUUGAGCAUCAGUAUCUGAAAACCAGUGGGUCUUUGCAGUAACACGCACAUUAAUCAUUUCUCACUUGAUUGUAUUUGACUUGAAACUACAGUCCCUGUACUACAGGGGUGUUUUAAGUGCUAUUAAUGAUUUGAAAAACAGAGUUCAGUUCGUAACUCUUGAGUCUUGAGUCUCUGCAAAUGUUUUUGUAACUGUUCUCUGGCUGAUGCACAGCUAGCUAACUGAAGCUGCACUGAUACUUACUGUCUUCCUCAGUUUUGAUUUUUAUUUUGUGUUUUGCUUCUGAUGUAAAGCUUUGGAAAAGUGAAGAAUUUGUACUGGGAGCCAAAAAUAUAAAAAUGCCUUUUAGCAAUUUCUGAAACUUCAGUGAAGCAGUAACUUUUGCUAACUCAGGAUUUAACCUUAUUAAAUAAUGUAAUUACGGAGGAUGCCUACUUUGUUUUUUUGGUACAUUUCUGUCUUUAUAA